UCUCACAUCUUUUUCGAACACAGUUGAAACUUCACCAAAUUCAUACUCUCUCUCUCGUCUUUGUGUUUCGCCAGUAAAUUCUGAAGCCCACGAUCGAAACUGGGAAUGGCAGCGAAGCAAAUGGAAGAAAUACAGAAGAAAUUGGCUACAUUGAAUUACCCAAGAGCUAAUGCUCCUGCACAGUCCCUUCUCUUUGCCGGCAUGGAACGAUACGCUCUUCUUGAAUGGCUUUUCUUCAAGUUAUUAGGGGACAAAUCACCAUUUUCUCAACAAAAUCUACAAGGGGAUGCCGUGGAUCGCGAUGAGGAGACUUCUCGCAUUCAGUAUUUAGCAGAGAUUGCAAAGUUUCUAGGCAUUACUACUACUGUUGAUCCAGAAGCAAUCCAAGGACGAGGUAGUUACGAAGAUCGUAUGGAAAUGCUACGCCUUAUUGUGGAUCUCGUGGAGGCAAGUAUGUAUGCUGAUAACCCUGAAUGGAGUGUGGACGAGCAGGUAGCAAAGGAUAUUCAAUUGAUUGAUGCCAUAGCUGAAAAGCAGGCUCAAAUUUUUUCAGAAGAAUGCAAACUGUUUCCUGCAGAUGUUCAAAUCCAGUCUAUCUAUCCUUUGCCAGACAUAUCUGAUUUGGAGAAGCAACUUUCAGAUCAAUCAAAUAGGCUUCUGAGUCUUCAGGAAAUGGUUGAUGAUUUAGCAUCAAAGCAUCCAUACAACCCAGAUGAGGAAUAUGUAGAUGUUGAAGCAAAACUACGGGGACAUUUGGAAUCCUUUUUAGACACUGCAAGGACCUUCAACACAAUCUAUACCAAGGAAAUACGUCCGUGGACCCACAUGAUGGAAGUACCACAACUGCAUGGGUUUGGGCCUGCUGCCAAUAGACUAUUGGAAGCAUAUAAGAUGCUCUGGAAGUUCCUGGGAAACUUGAAGAAUCUUCGGGACUCGCAUGCAGCUGUAGCUGUUGGUUCCUCCGAAACAGUGGCUGGCGAGCCAUCUUCCGUGACAAGAAUAAUUUCCGAAUGUGAAACUGCACUUACACUCUUGAAUCGCGAUCUUGCAAUUCUUUCAGCUUCUAUUGCCCGUGAGCGAGGUGAAGAUAUAUCUUUGUAAUUUAUCAUCGUGACCUAGAGUUGGAGCUAAUUGAGAUUACAUUAUUUGUUGUUCUUGUAAAAUCACACCACAUUGGUUGUUAUAUGUUCACUGGUCAUGUGUCAAAUGAGAAGUUCUCAAUUAGGUUGUUGUGCACAAGUAACAAAGGCCUAUGAUAUCAAGUAGUUUUUUUAUUAGUUUGUGCACAAGUACCAAAGGUAUAUGACUUUUGUAUCCAAACUGAUGAAUUAGCAAGGGUGUUGUAUUCAAUUUCUUUACAAGGUAGUUAAAAGUUAGUGAGCGUUGGGUA